AUGGCGCAGUCGCUGGAGCUGCUGCUGAUCCAGUUCCUGAUGCCGGACAACGACGCGCGUCGGCAGGCGGAGGAGCAGAUCCGGCGGCUGGCCCGCGACCCGCAGGUGGUCCCCGCGCUCGUCCACCAUCUCCGCACGGCCAAGACCCCGAACGUCCGCCAGCUCGCCGCCGUGCUACUCCGCAAGAAGAUCACCUCUCACUGGCCCAAGCUUCACCCGGACUCCAAGGCAUCACUUAAGCAAGCCCUCAUCGACUCAAUCACACUCGACCACAGUCAUCCUGUAAGGCGAGCUAGUGCAAAUGUCGUGAGCAUUAUAGCUAAGUAUGCUAUCCCUGCAGGAGAGUGGCCAGAGCUGUUACCUUUCCUUUUCCAAUGCAGCCAAAGUCCACAAGAUGAUCAUAGAGAAGUGGCUUUGAUUCUUUUCAGCUCCCUUACUGAAACUAUCGGAGCUACUUUUCAGUCUCAUCUGAACAAUUUGCAACCUAUUUUACUGAAAUGUCUGCAAGACGAAACUAGCUCUCGAGUCAGAAUUGCAGCCCUAAAGGCUGUUGGAUCAUUCAUAGAGUAUGUCAAUGAUGGAGGUGACAUUGUAAAAAUGUUUCGGGAUUUUGUUCCCAGUAUCUUGAAUGUAUCAAGGCAGUGUCUUGCUAAUGGAGAAGAAGAUGUUGCUUCCAUUGCGUUUGAAAUUUUUGACGAACUAAUUGAAUCUCCUGCACCACUUCUUGGAGACUCUGUGAGGUCAAUUGUGAAAUUCUCGCUGGAAGUUUCUGCAAACCAGGAUUUGGAAAUAAAUAUAAGGCAACAGGCUAUCCAGAUAAUUUCAUGGCUGGUAAAAUUUAAAGCAUCUUUCUUGAAAAAGCACAAGCUGGUUGUACCUAUCCUGCAAGUUAUGUGCCCAUUGCUUACGGAAACAGCUAAUGAAGAUGAAGAUUCUGAUCUAGCAGCAGAUCGUUCUGCUGCCGAAGUCAUUGAUACAAUGGCUAUCAACUUACCAAGGCAUGUUCUUGCACCAGUUCUUGAGUUUGCUUCUGUGAGCUUUCAUCACAUUAAUCCGAAGUAUCGUGAGGCUGCUGUGACAUCACUGGGUGUUAUCUCAGAGGGUUGUUGUGAACAUUUGAAAGAUAAGUUGGAGGAUUGUCUGAAAAUUGUUUUGGAAGCUUUAAAGGACCAAGAACAAAUGGUUAGAGGCGCUGCAUCUUUUGCUCUUGGUCAGUUUGCUGAACACCUGCAACCAGAAAUUUUAUCUCAUUAUGCGAGUGUACUUCCAUGCAUUCUAAAUGCUCUUGAAGACCCAUCAGAUGAAGUUAAGGAGAAGUCAUAUUAUGCUCUUGCAGCAUUCUGUGAGGACAUGGGUGAAGAUAUCCUACCAUAUCUAGAGCCCUUGAUAUGCAGAUUGGUUAUGUCUUUGCAGAGCAGUCCUCGGAACUUGCAAGAGACAUGCAUGUCUGCAAUUGGUUCGGUGGCCGCUGCUGCGGAGCAGGCUUUUACCCCAUACGCCAAAAAAGUCCUUGAGAUGAUGAAAGGUUUUAUGGUGCUUAUUAAUGAUGAAGAUCUGUGUGCACGUGCUAGGGCUACUGAGGUUGUUGGGAUAGUAGCAAUGGCAGUUGGCAGAGCAAGAAUCGAAGCAAUAUUGCCUCCUUUUAUUGAGGCUGCUAUUGCUGGUUUUGGAUUGGAGUACAGUGAACUCAGAGAGUACACUCAUGGUUUCUUUAGUAAUGUUGCUGAAAUUUUGGGUGAUAGUUUUACACAGUAUCUUCCUCAUGUUGUCCCUCUCGUAUUUUCUUCCUGCAACUUGGAUGAUGGUUCUGCUGUGGACAUUGAUGAUGCUGAUAGUAUUGAAAAUGGAUUUGGUGGUGUUUCAUCUGAUGAUGAUGUUAAUGAUGAGCCAAGAGUUAGAAAUAUCAGUGUUAGGGACGGGGUAUCUGGAGGAGUCACUGAAGAUUUUGAUCAGGCACAGUGGAAAAAGAAUAAAAGUGCUAUUCCAACAAUAUUUUGCAUAAAAUCCAGAAUGUGUUCCGUAAAAUGUGAUUUUAUGGCUUUGUUGGUAGUUACAUUGAUAACCCUUCUUGCAGAUAUUCUAACUGCUGUUAGGGCAAUACCUCCUACACAUGCUGAUGUACUAGAGAAACAGAAGGAUGUCCUUGAUACUGUUUUGAACAUCUACAUCAAGACUAUGACAGAGGAUGACGAUAAAGAGGUAGUUGCACAAGCUUGCAUGAGUGUAGCAGACAUUGUGAAGGACUGUGGUUUUGCUGCAAUUGAGCCUUACAUGCUAAGGCUUGCUGAGGCAACACUGGUUCUUUUACGUCAAGAAUCAAGCUGUCAACAAGUAGAAUCAGAUGGCGAGGAUGAUGGCGACAUUGACCAUGAUGAAGUUCUCAUGGAUGCAGUUUCAGAUCUUUUGCCUGCUUUUGCAAAAGUGAUGGGAUCUUAUUUUGAUCCUAUCUUUGCAAAAUUAUUUGAUCCGUUGAUGAAAUUUGCUAAAUCUCCCCAUCCCCCCCAAGAUAAGACUAUGGUUGUGGCAACCUUAGCUGAGGUUGCUCAGGAAAUGGGUGCUCCAAUAUCUGCUUAUGUUGAUAAGAUAAUGCCUUUGGUGUUGAAAGAGCUUGCGUCAUCUGAUGCUACUAAUAGGAGAAAUGCUGCUUUCUGUGUUGGCGAGAUAUGCAAGAAUGGGGGUGCUGCAGCACUGAAAUACUAUGGGGAUAUACUUCGUUCUCUGCAUAAUUUGUUUGGUAACUCAGAAUCAGAUGAUGCAGUAAGAGAUAAUGCUGCUGGUGCUAUUGCUAGGAUGAUAAUGGUGCAGCCUCAGUCAAUUCCUCUCAACCAGGUUCUUCCAGUUUUUAUCAAAGCUUUGCCACUAAAAGAAGAUCAUGAAGAAUCAAUGACUGUCUAUGGUUGCAUCUGCAGUUUAUUAUUAUCAUCACAUCCCCAGAUCCUUCCCCUUGUGCCUGAUGUCAUACAUGUGUUUGCCCAAGUGGUGGUAUCCCCAGAUGAGAGUGAUGAAGUCAAAACAAAUAUUGGCAAGGCUGUUUCUCACUUGAUAUCUGUCUAUGGCCAGCAAAUGCAGCCAAUACUGAGUGCCCUUCCACCAGCUCAUGCAAGCGCGCUGGCUUCAUUUGCCAGUAGAAGAUGA